GAAGCGACAACCAAUUUCUGGGUGGAGAAGUUUUCCUCCUCACUUCAGCUGCCAUUUGCCAAAAUAAUAAUUGCACAAUUAGUCCUGGAAUGUCAGCAGUGGGAAAAUUGCAUUGUCACAUGUUGACGAUUUUCAUCAUAAUUCUGAUGGCAAAUGACAUUCUUCCAUUGUCACAUAAUUUGAACCGCAUCAUGAGUGACAGAGAACUCGACGGCGAGAGUCAUCAGCUGAGGGCUGGUCGUUCGAAACGGUGUAUCGUGGUUCAAAAGCAAUCUCACCUUCCUCACCGGACCAAUUCACACGAUUACGAUGAUGAGGAGGACGACGGUGAUUCAUCGUUUGAAAAUUAUCGACGACAAAUGAAGCGCCCACGGAAGAUGAGUAAGAAUUCUGGACAGAGGAGUAAUAACACCGAAAACAAAAGAUUCCACAUCGAAAGACCGGAGAUGCCCUAAUUAUUUAUCCUUCAUCAUUUGUUGUAUUUUA